ACUAUCAUUUUAUAUAUAUAUAUAAGGCUAUCUUGGUUAGCCGUGUGGAGGAGGCCAUUGCCGGUUGGUUCCGACUUCUCUGCCAAAAGCAAAGCAAUCAUGGGACUAAGGGCUCUUCCAUUGUCACUUUCACAAAGCAUUAUACCCAAGCAACAUAUUCGCAGCCAAAGGUUAAGAAGCAAGAGUUCCCAAACUAUGUUUAGAGUUUCAGCUAAACAACAAGAGGAGAAGGGUGAGGGAGAAGAGGCAAAGAAGAAGAGCAAACAAUCUUUGUUUAGCAGUGUGACGGAGGCUCUGGAUUUCUCUCAAGUUAGGUCCGGAAAGGAUGCCGAGCUCUUGGAUGAGGCCAGAGAAGCCACCAGGUCAGGUGGGAGAAUGUCAAGGGAACAGUAUGGUGCUCUGAGAAGGAAAAUUGGAGGGACAUACAAGGAUUUCUUCAAAUCCUAUGUUGAAGUGGAUGGAGAAUAUGUGGAAGAAGGGUGGGUGGACAAAACAUGCAAGGUGUGCAAGAAAGAUACAAGAGGUGAGGCAAGGCAAGUUGACAAGUUUGGAAGAUAUGUUCAUGUGGCAUGCUUGGAAAACUCCAAAUCUGGAAAUUUCUUCACCAGAUUGUUCUCUGGAUAGUCUAGCCUUUGUUAUGAAAUUUUUGUAUUUCUUAGUAACAUGGAGGUAAAGAAAAUAGUUGUAAUUGUUGGGAUUUAAGCUUCACGCUUAUUAAUUGUAUACUAAAUAUAUGUAUACCAAUGCAAUUUAUUUUAAACGUUAGU